AUGAAGUUAAUCCUCCUAUAUCUAUGCCUUGUAGGCAUAUCUUAUGCUGGUCCACUGCGCAAACCACGCAGGGCAGGAUAUGGAAGCAAAAGUGAAGAAAUGACGCAGUUUGGUCCAUAUGGUUAUAUACAGUCACCACAAGUAAGUCCCUUUUAUGGCUACCAUUCAAGUUAUCCACAGAUAUUCCCCAAGUGGCCUAUAUUGCCUCUACAGAGAUUUUUCAUUUGGCCGCAACCAGCACCACCCUCACAUCAAGCAGCUAAGCUUCCCCAGAAGAAGCCUCAACAAACUCCAGGAACUAAGCAGUCCAACCAAAGGCCACAGUUACCACCACGGCAACCAAGACCUCAGCAGCCACCACCACCACCUCAACCAAAACAGCCACAAAAGACCAACCCAUCUCACACUCACCCACAAGUGCCAAUGCAGCAUCCUACGGAGGGAAAACAGCAACAUCCCCAGGCCUUUGCUCCAUAUCCACAACAGCCUUGGCAUUUUCCACAGAUUUUUGGUGCAGGAGGCUUCCAACCACAACAGUUUGGCCCCUAUCAGAGACAUAUGCCAUUUGGACGACCACCUAUCAGCAAUGAAGAAGGGACUCCAUAUUUUGGAUAUGGCUACCAUGGGUUAGGAAAUAGGCUUCCUUAUUAUUCUGAAGAAAUGUUUGAACAAGACUUUGAGAAACCCAAAGAAAAAGACUCCCCUAAAGAGAAUCCAGCAGCAGAUCCUAUAACAAACUCAACUGUUUCAGACACAAAUUCAACCAUUCCAGCUAGCCAUGGAGGGAAUGCUACUCUUUCAGGACUCAGCCCAACAAAUAAUGAGGCUAAUUUUCUAGGUGUUCCAAAUAAAUUUGUUAGCAGAAAUGGGAUCCCAACACCUUCUCCUACUGGUCGUAUAUCAGGACAAAAUGAAGUAGCACAGAAUGGCAUUGAUCAAUUAAGUUAUAGGCCUAAGCCUACAAAUGCCAAUGUUUUCCACAACAUUUUUUCAGAUGGUCAACAAUCCAGAGGACAUAGUUCAUAUAUUUAUAAAGCCAACCCAGAUAUGAGUAAUACAAGGCACAACACUUUAGUUUCUAGAGGAAAUCCUUCAAUACAAGCUGAAAACCCAACAGAGCCUUGGGUUUAUGGAGGCAAUUCAAUUCACAGAGAUAAUCUUCAGAGAAUUAACAGUAAUCACCCCACAGUGAACAAUAGGCCAAACUCAUAUGGGCAACAAGAGGAACUCCGUUAUCCUGGAAAUAAUCCAUCAAGAUGGAGACCUAGCUCUGGUCGAGGACCUCAGUGGAGCAAAAACCCAGCACACGGAGAUAAUAAACAACCUAGUUCUCCAUCAGAAAGCCAUUCUCUGUACCAAGUAGAAGAAAAGACUGGUAUGUAUCAGCCUUCUAGAAUGCAACAGUCAAAUGGACUUUCCCAUCAAGAAAUAGUUUUGGAUACAAGGGGAACUCCAUUUGAAACAGAAACCCAUAAGAAUGACUGGAAGGAACCGUCCUUUAUUCACCCAGAUCACCAGAGAGAACAAUUUCCAUCUUCACAAAACCAAAUGUGGAACCAGAAAGAUUUAGAGAUAGUUCAAGAAGUUCCUCCAGGAUAUAAUUCAGUGACCUCCUCAGGUUCUUUUCAUCAGAGGGGACAUGAUACUUAUGCUGAUAAGAAUUUUUAUAGCCAACAAACACCUUCUUUUUAUCCCAGAGCAUGGGAAGACAAAGAGAACUUGCCCACAAUACAGCCUCUAGGGCAAAGGGAAAGGCCAUAUAAUUCACCCAUUUUGCCUUCAAAUCAAAUGCACAGGAGCAAUUAUCAUGGAAGCAUUCAGCAGGAGCAUGAAUUUCAUCAAUCCAGGCAAAAUAUAUGGCCCCAUGAAAAACAUUUGGCUGAUCUUGAUAGACAAUACCAAAAUCCUCCCUAUAAUCCAAAAUAUUCUACAGAACAUACAGCCAAUGAAAGAGGUAAUUUGCCAUAUGAGGAGAUUAACAGACGGAUCCCAGAACAUUCUCCAGUUGGUGGUUCAGAACAUUAUGAAAAUAUUCCAUAUCAUAUAAGCAAUACAUUUGGACACACAGAGAGAAAUCUGCCAUACCAAGGGCUAUACUCUCCACCACAAAGUAGUAAUCUUUUCCAAGGAAGAUCACAUUAUGAUGAAAGAGACACAUGGGCCCCCCAAAAGGUUGACCAAGUGGCUCCCAAAGAAACUUCACCCUACUUUAAUACUUACUCCACAAACUUCAGAAGAAACCCAACACGUACUGAAGAUGCAUGGAGAGCCAUACAUAUGAGGGCACCCAUUUCAAGUAAUAAUGCUCCUGUAAGGAGAAAUUAUCCUAAUACAGGAGGAUAUCCAGAUGAUUUCCCACGAGAACAUGAAACCAUCACCUCCCAACCUACUGUCAACUAUUUUUGCUGUGCAGAUGAGUCCCGAGGGGCAAAUGAAAAUAUACAGGCACCCCUGAAAAUUGCACCUCAAUUCAGGCUGGCUUCAUGGCAACAAAAACGAAGUCCAACCUAUCCAGAAGGCAGCCAUGCCUCAUACGCCAGACAUCCCCCAUACCUAGCUGGCAUUCAGUCUAAUCAUUGGAACAAUUCUUUGAAGUUUGGAAAAAGUUUACCUAAUCACAGAGAAAAUCCAGGUGGCUUUGGGGAAGAAGUAGCAGAUCUAGAGAAGAGUCCUCCAUGCUCCAACUCUCAAUUAGGCCAAAUAAGAGGUCAUGAUACUAACUAUGAAACUGGAUUAUUUCCCUCCAAGAGUAUACUUUGCUCUAGAAAUAGUAUCAGAGGGGAUGGACAUACUGUUCUUGCCCAUAUCAUGGGGGUGAAUCAGCCCAAGAGAGAAUUUGAAAGGGCAUCCUUAAGGUUCCCACAACCACAAGGGAUAAGAAAUGAAGCUAUUGUUGGUGAAAUUGAUAGGAAGGAAUACCAUGCAACACAUGGGUUCAAGAGGACACCAUGCUUUGGAAGUUGGUUAAAGCAGCAUAUAUCCAGCACUGGAACUCCAUUAGGGGAUCAGCCUUCUGGUGUCUUUUAUGCAGAGCAUUCAAUGCAUGCUGGAAAACCGAUCAUGCUACCUGAACCCCAGCCAAUCUCUAGCACAGUUCCAUCCCACAGUAUAGGAGAAGAUCAUAUAAAAUUCAGUACCCCAGAAGAAUUGGUGGGACAACCAAAUGAAAGGACAACAGAUUGUUUACUACUCCGAAAUAAGUGA